AGGGAAAAAGAAGUGCCAGAGUCUGCGCAAAACGAACACGUCUAGUGGUCGCGCUGCUUGUGCUGUCACGAGCCUUGUUCAAGGCUACCGAGUAGCGAAUUGACAUAAAUUAUUGACGACAUCGAAUUGUCUUCGUUUAGCCAUCAGACACACGUCAUUAUUGGAAUAGAUACAUCGUGGAAAUAAGAUUGUGUGCUGACUGAUCACGGUCAACUGGUGAUGUUUUCCAACAUUUGAUAUAGCUAGCUAGCCAGCUAACGUUAGCUGUUUAGCUAGCUUGCCGUGCGUGACUCACUGACAGCCAAAGAUCAGACCGAGUCGCUAUUUUUUGUCAUUCUGCUUUUUCUCUGAUACCUGUAUAUAUAACUUUUAUAUAUUUAGCGGGUAAAUAUAGUUAGUUACAACUGAGUGUACUUUAACGGUCAUCUGGUCGUGAACGAAGGGAAGGUUUGAAUGAAUUUGCUAGCCAGCGGAAACGUCGGCUAGUUAACACGGAUACACUUGGAGUAACCAAUACUGCUAACUUGCUGAGUUGAUCCACGGCACUGCCAUCCAAACUAGCUAAUCUACAUAGCUAGCAAAUGUGCUAGCAAGCUAUUAUAAACGUGCUAUUUUUGGUAAAACGCCAAGGGAAAGAAACUGUUAAAAGUUGGUUAGCUGGCUAACUAGCUAGGAAACAAGGUAACAUACACUGUACUGUAACACCUUAACGCCAGCUGACGUUUGAUAGCUGACGGUCGACAAUUAAUUUUCUACGAGAAAGGCCGGAGUGAGGACAGAGAAACGAGUAAAAAUGCCGGCUGUGUCGAAGGGAGAUGGGAUGCGCGGAUUAGCGGUGUUCAUUUCGGACAUACGGAAUUGUAAGAGCAAGGAGGCGGAGAUCAAGCGGAUCAAUAAGGAGCUGGCCAACAUCCGCUCCAAGUUCAAGGGGGACAAGGCACUGGAUGGCUAUAGUAAGAAGAAGUAUGUCUGCAAGCUGCUCUUCAUCUUUCUGCUGGGACAUGACAUCGACUUUGGACACAUGGAGGCUGUCAACCUGCUCAGCUCCAACAAGUAUACAGAGAAACAGAUCGGCUACCUGUUCAUCUCAGUGCUGGUGAACAGCAACAGCGAGCUUAUCCGCCUCAUCAACAACGCCAUCAAGAACGACCUGUCUAGCCGCAACCCCACCUUCAUGUGCCUGGCCCUGCACUGCAUCGCCAACGUGGGUAGCCGUGAGAUGGCCGAGGCCUUUGCUGGAGAGAUCCCACGCAUUCUGGUGGCCGGGGACACCAUGGACAGUGUGAAGCAGUCUGCUGCCCUGUGUCUUCUGCGUCUGUACAAGGCCUCCCCAGACCUGGUUCUGAUGGGGGAGUGGACCUCCCGGGUGGUGCACCUCCUCAACGACCAGCACAUGGGUGUUGUCACGGCAGCCAUCUCCCUCAUCACCUGUCUCAGCUCGAAGAACCCAGAUGAGUUCAAAACCUGUGUGUCCCUUGCUGUUUCUCGUCUGAGCAGGAUUGUGUCAUCGGCCUCCACUGAUCUGCAGGACUACACCUACUACUUUGUCCCGGCCCCGUGGCUGUCCUGUAAACUGCUUCGCCUGCUGCAGUGCUACCCCCCGCCAGAGGAUGGCGCCGUGAAGGGCCGCUUGGUGGAGUGUCUGGAGACCAUUCUGAACAAGGCCCAGGAACCACCCAAGUCCAAAAAGGUUCAGCACUCCAACGCCAAGAACGCCAUCCUGUUCGAGGCCAUCUCACUCAUCAUCCACUACGACAGUGAGCCCAACCUGCUGGUGCGUGCCUGUAACCAGCUGGGUCAGUUCCUGCAGCACAGAGAGACCAACCUGCGCUACCUGGCUCUGGAGAGCAUGUGUACCCUGGCCAGCUCUGAGUUCUCCCAUGAGGCCGUCAAGACCCACAUCGAGACCGUCAUCAACGCACUCAAGACUGAAAGGGAUGUGAGUGUUCGCCAGAGGGCUGCUGACCUGCUCUACGCCAUGUGUGACCGUAGCAACGCCAAGCAGAUCGUUGCAGAGAUGCUCAGCUACCUGGAGACAGCCGACUACUCCAUCAGAGAGGAGAUGGUGUUGAAGGUGGCCAUCCUGGCAGAGAAGUAUGCGGUGGACUACUCAUGGUAUGUUGACACCAUCCUUAACCUCAUCCGCAUUGCCGGGGACUACGUCAGUGAGGAGGUGUGGUACCGCGUCAUCCAGAUUGUCAUCAACCGCGACGAUGUGCAGGGCUACGCCGCCAAGACCGUCUUCGAGGCUCUACAGGCCCCAGCCUGUCAUGAGAACAUGGUGAAGGUGGGGGGGUACAUCCUGGGAGAGUUUGGAAACCUCAUUGCCGGGGACCCCCGCUCCAGCCCUCUGGUCCAGUUCAACCUGCUCCACUCUAAGUUCCACCUGUGUUCGGUGCCCACGCGCGCCCUGCUGCUCUCCGCUUACAUCAAGUUCAUCAACCUGUUCCCAGAGACCAAGGCCACCAUCCAGGAGGUGCUUCGCUCCGACAGCCAGAUCAGGAACUCUGACGUGGAGCUGCAGCAGAGGGCCGUGGAGUACCUCAAGCUCUCCUCCAUCGCCAGCACCGACGUCCUGGCUACUGUGCUGGAGGAGAUGCCUCCCUUCCCAGAGAGGGAGUCAUCCAUCUUGGCCAAGCUGAAGAAGAAGAAGGGUCCGGGUGCCGUGUCGGUAGAGCUGGAGGACGGCAAGGAGAGAGGAGAGCUCAACGGUGGAGGGGACAGGGGGGGCGAAGCUGCCAUUGCAGCCUCUAACGCUUCCACCCCAUCCCCUUCAGCGGAUCUGCUUGGCCUUCGUUCGGCCGCUCCCGUUAGUGGGGCCGCUCCCAGUGCAGGCAGCCUAUUGGUUGAUGUGUUUUCAGAGGCAGGGCCUGCAGCCUCCUCUGCCGGCGUGAACGACGACGGCUUCCUGAGCGCUCUUCACGCUCCCGAGGCCUCUGACUCCCCAUUGGUGGAGGGUCCUGGUGACUCGGACUCUGCUCCCCCUUCUGCGGCCUCUGAGGAUCCUGCCCCUCCUCUGCCCGAGUCAGACGAGCUUCUCAACAAAUUUGUGUGUAAGAACAACGGUGUGUUGUUUGAGAACCAGCUGCUUCAGAUUGGCAUCAAGUCUGAGUACCGCCAGAACCUGGGGAGGAUGUAUCUGUUCUAUGGCAAUAAGACCUCGGUGCAGUUUGUCAGCUUUAGCACCACAGUCAGCUGCCCAGGGGAGCUGCAGUCUCAGCUCAACGUGCAGACCAAAACAGUGGAACCCCUAGUGGAGGGAGGAGCACAGGUGCAGCAGGUCAUCAACAUCGAGUGUCUGACUGACUUUAUUGAUGCGCCGCUGCUCAACAUCAAGUUCAGGUAUGGGGGAGCCCUGCAGAACAUCUCUCUCAAGCUGCCUGUCACCAUCAACAAGUUCUUCCAACCCACAGAGAUGGCCGCCGCAGACUUCUUCCAGCGCUGGAAACAACUCAGCCAGCCCCAGCAAGAAGCACAAAAGAUCUUCAAGGCCAGCCAUGGCAUGGACACAGAAGUGCUCAAGGCCAAGUUGCUGGGCCUGGGGACAGCCCUGUUGGAGAAUGUGGAUCCUAACCCAGAGAACUAUGUGUGUGCCGGAGUCAUCCAGACCAAGGCCCAACAGGUCGGCUGCCUGCUGAGACUGGAACCCAAUGCGCAGGCCCAGAUGUACCGGCUGACUCUGCGCAGCAGCAAGGACACUGUCUCCCAGCGCGUCUGUGACCUCCUGGCAGAACAGUUCUAAAACCCUGAGUCUAGAACCCACCCAACGCGACCCAGGCCAUCAUCAUCAUCAUCACGCUCUAGACACACCGAGACUAGCGUUUCAAUUCCCCUCACCCCACCCACUUCAUCCCCCCCACUCCCCGAUCCUGAGGUUGCCAAGAACAAAGAAUCAACGAGAAGGAAAAAUACCUACAUAAGGGAAAAAAAGCAGCCGUUGCCACUUACACGACUGCCCUAUCAUUGACAUUUAUUACUAUUGUCACGAUUAUAAUUCCGAUUCUUAUUAUUAUUAUUACUGUUUAUUAUCAUCGGCGCUGCAAUUCUUGUUUUUUUCUGUGUUUACCUGUGAACGUAAGUGUAUGACUGUGUUUCAGAAUCGUGCUGGUGUGUGUGUCCUGUUUUUCUCCGUCCUGUCUAUUUAAGCAUGGACUUGUGGACUUGUGAUGACAGCUGGUGUGUGUCCGUGCGUGUGUGAUGCAUGGGGGAGGGUGGGGAAUUCUGUGCAUCGAUUCCGCAACAUUUCAACCUUAGACUAUUCCUUGGAGUUGCAUGGGAGGACCAGUUCUACAUACACAUACACACAUUCAUGUUUAAUACACACCCAGAUACUCUCACAUGUGGGCACAUACAUGUGUAUAUUUGUACAUGCUUAAGUGUCUAUGUAAAGUAUCUGAAAAGGGUUCUCCUUUAGUGGGAGGGAGGGGUAAAAUGAAAUCACUAAAGAAAUGGGACUCUUCUGUGUAAAGGUCCAAAACAACACUCUAAACCCCCACCUUCACCCCAACCCCAUCUCUUCUCCACUCUCUGCUGUCCCAGACCCCCACCGGUUAUACAUCCCAAGGGCCUCUCAGUAUAAUCCCUGAGAUAUAAUAUUCCAUAAAAGAAUUCCGGCACAUUCCCAAGUCUACAGUUCCGCUUAAUUCCAGUGGAAAUGGCCAGUGCACUUUAGGUGGUUCCAAGAGACCUCAGUCCAUCAAUACCCCACAAACGCAUAAACACACCACCCCCUCACACUUACCCCAUCUUUCUGGCUUGUAACCAUACUUUAUAUAUAAACUCAAAUGAUUCUGUACCUGUUUGUGGAAUAUAUAUAUAUAUAUAUAUAUAUAUAUAUAUAUAUAUAUAUAUAUAUAUAUAUAUAUAUAUAUAUAUAUAUAUAUAUAUAUAUAUAUAUAUAAAAGUGUAAUGAAUUACCCCUUAUCUUUUUUUUUAUUGUCUCAUCUUUCCUUUUAUUAGUAGUGGAGUUAUUUAAGUUUUUGUAUGUUUCUUUAAUGGUGUAAUGUUGUGUUGCUUCUGUUGUGUGUAUGUGAAAGGUAGUGUGAGAAAGUAGGGCCAGCAGUGUGUACCCUGCGAAUAGGGUAGAGGGGUCAGCUAAAAGGAGAGCGAGAUGGAAGGAGAGUAGCAGGGUAGCUGGUCUUGUUUACAAUGUUAAUCAGACAGCGAUGAGGUUGAUACUUGACUUAAACCUGUCAUAAAUCCUACUUACCACCACCGUAAGUAUGACAACAGAUAAGGUGUCGUGAAAACUGUUUAUUUCAGAUUAGCAAUGUUUUUUGACACUUGAGGCAGGGAACAUUGGUUGAGAGCUGACAUGGCGUGUUUUACGAUGGCUUAUGAAAUGUUUAUGUCGUGCAUAAGUAAGCAUUGAGCAAGCUUUAUUGACGGGGAGUUCAGGUGGUAGUUGGAAGGAGUUAGAGGGCGGUGGGCCAGUCCGUGUUCACAUGAAGAGUGAAGAGGCAGAGCAAAGGCCUAGUAUUCGUUAUGUUAUUUUUUUCCCGUGUUGAAAAGAGGGAAGGGAUUGGAGAGUAGAGUGCUGCUUGAUACCGGGAUUGACUGAAAAAAGAGGAGUACCUCAGAACUUGAUCUCUAAACACUCACAGGCUUGUGCACACACACAUCACAAAUACUUACCUUAUGGUAUUACUUGGGAGAAGAUUGAUUGUAAUCUUUGAAAACACAACCAACCACAAAGACACUGGACAGCACUUAUCUGUAAACUCACAUUUCAGACACACGCACCCACAUGUCCAUUCUUAGAGAUGAGAGGGAGGAGGAGAGAACUCAAAAGACCAACUGUCAAUCACAACUACUGGGAUCGAGUCAUCAGGGGUGGGCAACGUGUGUGUGUGUGUGUGUGUGUCAGUGUACCACGUGAUAAAAAUAUCCUAAAUUAUCUUUGAGACAUGGUCAUAUUAGUUUCAGCAGGAGUCACUUAGACGUCUAACCCAUGCAGCAUUGGAGGAACAGUCUGAUCAUUGUAGUGGAAACUGUAGAAUCAUUGUGUGUGUGUGUGUGCACGUCUAUGCAGUAUCCGCUAGCUAAUGCAGCCCCGUGUAUCGGUGUUAAACCUGUGAGAUACCUGUGUUAGAUUUAAAAUUUACUCUGUACUGAAUAAUGUGAAAGUAAAACUAUGCCAUAUACUCUA